AUGGAUGGGGGUUUCCCUUGGGCGAAAUUGCCCAGCAAUGACGCGGUGGCCUUCGUUGUUGACGGCACUUGGACGACCGACCCCAGUGUCCCAGAAGAAGACGACGGCCACAACAACAUCAACAACGUCCUCUAUCCCGAACACAUUCACAAAGAAACCCAACCAACGUUGCAAAACGGCACAGCUGCGAUCAUGGCGGGUGUGACCCCAGACUCCUCCACCGCUGCCAUGGCCGCCGGGGUCCCCAAGACAUCCAGCAAGGACGGUGUCCUCGGGGACGCGGCGUUCUCUUCAACCGCUCCGGGAUCGACUACUGCCGAACUUGCAAAGAAUGCGCCCCUCGAGCAGAGAGCCACCAUGCCUGGGGCGUACUCGGGUGACGCGGAACAGACAUUCUCGGUCAAUCCGAUUCCCGCCUCGAGUGGCAUGGGCAACCCGAUCAAGCUGCAGCCCGGCGAGAAAGUGCCGGACUCGAGCACUUUCAAUUCCAAUACCAUCGAGUCUACCGCACGCACCGACCCGAGCGCCUACGAACAGGCUGCUAGCUAUCCUACGUCGAGUGAGCAGAUCAAGCCGGCAAACGCCUUCGCCGUUCCUCCCGUGUCAGGCAACAUGAUUCCUGAAUCUAGCCUCCCCAUGGGCGGAGCGAGUCAGGGAACUGCGGAACCAUACACCAUUCAGUCUGCUGCGCCAACCUCAACCACCGCGGCUCUUGCGGCCAAUGUGCCUCUCGAAUCUCAGAAGAGACAGGCGAAUGGUGGGCAGAACGCUGCCGCCGAUGACGUUCCCGAAGUGGUAAGGCGGUCCAUUUCCGAAGCCCAUCGAGACCCCGAAGCCGCUGCCAAUCGGGAAGUUGUGGAAGAGAAGCGGGAGAUGGAAGAGGAGCUUCAGCAUAAGGUGCCCCGGGAGGAGUCUGCCGGCACACCUGCCCCCACAGCUUCUGCCGCCCUUGCCGAGACUGCUCCGCAGCCGACAGGCGUGGAUUCUAGCCAGAUCUCGCCGCGUGCGACGACUCCUACAGAUGGUCCAACUGUGACCACAGGUGUUGAAGCAGCCAAGGCACCCCAGGAGUCUGUGCCCCCGGUUGAAACCACUGGAGCUGCCGGAGCCGCCGGAGAGACUGGCGCUAGCGCCACGAAGACUACGGGAGCAGCCGCUCAGCCAGCCUCCAAGACGGGUAACGCUGGGGCUCAGAAUGGAGUCAAAGAGGAGAAGAAAAAGAAGAAGGGGUUCUUCAGCCGACUGAAGGAGAAGUUGAAAUAG